CCCGAUUUAUUAAUUAUUUUUGUGUUCGUCUUCACCUUUCCCAGUAGUAUCACAACAGCGUGCCAUUUUCUUGGAGGGACCACUACUGGUGAUACCGCGCUGGGUCAUUCAACCUUGAAGAACAGCUUGAUCGCCAUCGUGGAAUCGAUGGGAUCUUUUAGAGCAACAUUCCACCCAUAAAAAGGAUGGCCGACCGGAAUCGACGAAGGUGGCAAGGAUCUUCCGAGUGAAAGUGCUCCGACUGGGUUCUCACCUAUCAUGCAUUCUUGUCACCAAUUAUUGAUUCUCACCGAUUAUUGGUCCUCGCCGAUCUUGAAUUCCUGUCACCGAAAUUCUGUCCACCGCUCAGAGAAGCAGGGACGUACUCCUUCCUUUCUGGAGAGCACGCAACUUUCCCUGCAUUUCUUGUAUUUCCUCCCUGUUACGCAGGCCUGUAUGCCUUCCUUCAACGUCUUUUUUCUCGUUUUCUCGCGUAAUAACCCAUUGCCUCCGUCCGUCUGGAAUCGCGCUUCCCAUUUCUCAAUCUCUGCGAUCAGGGGGGGGGAGGAUAUCAAAGUCGAGGCAAAGAGGACAAAGAUAUCCACAUAUGCCCUCCAAAAAGUCUAACUGUACUAACAUUACCAUGGAUGGUGCCAAGGAUAAAUAUUCCAUCACCCCCGCAAGAACUGACAGUCAACCUCACACCCGAGCGCUAGAAAUCCCCGUCCCAGAUUCAUAGAUGAUCCGGACGUACUUAUACAAGCGGUGACGGCAACGAAGUUACAUCGGAGCGCAUCAGACUGGAUCCCACAAGGCGAAGCUUAGAAGUGCGAACGGAAGAAUCUUAACAUAGAUUCUCGAAACGGAUUUCAAACAGAAGUUGGGAAUGGUCAAGAAGACGAAGACUGGGGUGUCAUAACAACAAGAAGCAGCAACGGUGACAGAAACUAGCGACAGGAGCAUGAACGGUGAACCAAAACCUACGACAGGCAAAUGAAGUACUAAGCAAGCGCCGGAGAGCUAGGAAAACACGACUACAGCAAGGAGGAUCACUUAGUCAACAAGGGGC